UUUAAGGUGACGGGGGCCAACAAAGGCAUUGGAUUUGGUGUAGUGAAAGAACUGUGUGCCAAGUUUGAUGGCAUAGUUUAUCUGACGGCUCGUGAGGAAGGAAGGGGGAACGCUGCCGUUAAGGAGCUGAGCAAGUUGGGACUGACGGCUCGCUUCCAUCAGCUUGAUAUUGAUGCUUCUGAGAGUAUUGCUGCUUUUGCUGAUUACAUCAAGAAGACAUAUGGUGGUUUAGAUGUGCUUGUCAACAAUGCAGCAAUGGCAUAUAAGGCAACAGCAACUGAACCAUUUGGAGAACAAGCAGAGAACACAAUAAGGGUGAAUUAUUUUGGCACAGUUGCAGUAUGUCGGGCACUCUAUCCCCUUCUUCGGCCUCAUGCCAGGGUGUCAAUGGUGUCUAGCAGUGCCGGUCAUCUCUUGAGAAUCAAUGGAGAUGAACCUGCUGCAUCAGCUCUUAGGCAGAAGUUGUCAUCCUCAACACUUACUGAAGGAGAACUCAGUGAAUUAAUGAAUCAGUUCAUAAAAAAGGCUAAGGAUGGAACAUAUAAAGAAGCUGGAUGGCCUAACAGUACCUAUGUAGUAAGCAAAGUGGGUGUAUCAGCUCUGACACGUAUUCAGCAACGAGCCUUUGAUGUCGACUCUCGUCCUGAUUUGGUGGUGAACAGCUGUCAUCCUGGAUAUGUUGAUACGGACAUGACUUCUCACACGGGUCGUCUUACCAUAGAGCAGGGGGCAGUGUGCCCAUCAUAUUUAGCUCUCCUGCCACCUAAUAUAAAGGAGCCCCGGGGAGCCUUUUUGUGGUACGACAAGCAAGUCGUUGAUUGGGUUAAUGGACCUACACCUUCUGCUUUUUGAACAUCAUGCAAUAAAAAUUGGUUGCAUUUAAUUUCCAACAGCACAGGUAAAAGAAUAUCAGAGAAUGUUUCAGAUACAUUUAACAUGAAUAUUGAACACGGUUUUAUAUUUCCUUGUAAAUUAAAGGUUUUAGUUUAAUGUUUGGAACAGACCUUUGUCAUGUAUUAAUUGGUCAAAUUAAAUGUGAGCAUUUGGAAGCUGAUUUCCUGUAGGACAAAUUGAUUCAAGUUAGUGCCUUCAGCCUUAUGCUUUCCCACUCAUGAGUCUUUAUUUAUUUUUAUUUAGAUAUUUAUUUAUUUAUAUACAAGAAGGUACGUUGGGUUUAUGAGCGUACAGAGCAUUGAAAUUUUACUUUCUUGUAAAGCCACUAGCACAUAUAGCAUUUUGGGCAGAUCCUUAAUCUAACAUAUAAUUUUAAGAAGGUAAUUUCUAGCAA